AUGCGACUCCAGCACAGCCGCCGAGCUGCGGCAGCCGCCCUUUUGGGGGCCUUUGUGGCUGCCCGCUGCAGUAGUGUUUUCGUUCUUGGUUUUUCAGUCAGAGAUCUGCUACCAGGUGUGCAGACAGAAGAACCGAACUCUGCAGCAGCAACUGUCACCGGAGCAGUUGCAGCAGCACCAGCUCCUGAGGAACCUGCUGCAGCUGGCCUCCUUAGUGGAGGCUUCUUCGUUGACACCGCCCAGGAAAAGUCCACUAGUGAGAAUGGAGUGGAACUUCAGAAGAACUUUUCUGCUAAGGUUGCUCGUCUGCUGCAGCAGUCUGUGACAUCGGCUACGAGUCUCGUCGCGGAUGCUGCUUCAGCCAUGGAAGAUGCAGCAGAAACAGCGCACGAAGAAGCAGCGGAAACAGGCAAAACUGCAGAGGAAGGCUUGCAGAGGGCUACAGAUGAUGCCUGGAACUGGUUGGGAGGGGACGGGCCCAAGCGAGCAGCAGAAGCAGCGCGGCAGGCGACACACGAAGCAGCCGAAGCAGCAGCAGCAGCAGCAUCCGAUGCAGCUAAGGAGGCGAAGCAGGGUCUGUAUGCCUUUGGAGCGAUGCUCCAUGAGGUGGCACCGGGUGCAGCGGAUGCGGCGUUGCAGGCAGCUCGCCAGACAACAGCAGCCGCCGCAGCAGCAGCAGGAGCAGCAGCUAGAGACCUGUCAGUAAAGGCGAAAGACGCAAAGUCAGCAUUUGUUAGCUGGGCUGCUGACAUCAAGGAGGCAGUUAAGAACAGCUCUGGUGAAACGCUUCACACGGCAUCCGAAGCAGCAGAGAAGGCAGCAGCAGCAGCUGAGACCGCAAGAAGAGCAGCAGCAGAAGCAGCAGAGAAGGCAGCAGCAGCAGCGCAGCAGGCGCAACACACGCUAUCGGUUCUUGGCAAAAGCGUGGAGACAAAGUCUUCGGAAGCAGCAGCAGCUGCAGCAAAUGCUGUUGGCGAGACCUCCCACAAAGCAGAGGAGGCUGUGCAUACACUCCAACGAGCAGCAGCAGAUGCACAGGCAGCUCUGAGCUCCUGGAGCUCUGUCGUGAGCAGCUGGCUGCAUACAGGAUCCCAGGGAGUGAAGGAAACAGCAGCAGGAGCAUCGGCAGCAGCAAGAAGAGCCAGCAACAGUCUUGAAGGCCUUGCAGACAGUGCUGCACAAGCAGCGGAUACCCUCGAGUCAGCAGCAAAAACUGUCUCUGAAGGAGCAGAUGUAGGUGCUAAAAAGGCAGAUGCAGUGCUGCAAGCCCUUACAGCAGAUGCUUCUAAACCAAUCCUUGCUGGAGCUGCUGUCUGGCCCUGGGCACAGCAGCAGGAGCAGCAACAGGAGCAAAAGCAAGGCGAAGAGGGAAACAAAUGCGAGUGCUCGUCAGAAACUGCUGUUGCUGCAGCAGAUAAGGCGUGCGCAUGCAACCCCAAAACCGAUCCACAUAAAGAGUCAAUUUUAGAGGCAACGAAGCGUCUUCUAGGAUUCGCAGCUUCUGGUAAAGACACAGCAGCGGAGGAAGCCCCUGCGCCAGCUGCAGCUGCUGCAGAUGCUGCUGCUACUGCAGCAGAGACAGUAGGCAAGGCGCUUGCCACAUCUUUAUCUCCAAAACAAGCAGCUGCUGACCUCCGUCCUAUAGACGGCGCGGCGUGGCUGGGAGGAUUAGGAUCUGGUGCUGAAGAUUCAGAAGAAACAUCACCAGCAGCAGACUCUGCAGAGGCAGGUUCAGCAACAGAAGCACAAGCUGAGGUACGAGAGGCAUUGCCUCCAGUGUAUAAGGAAGGGCCUCCUCUAGACUGUGAUCCUCUGCCGCCUUUUAGAGACUGUCUGCAGCGCUGCGAUGGGGAUGAAGCUGCUGCUGCUGCUGCUGCUGCUGCUGCCGAAGGCGGAGAGCCGCCCCACGGACUGAGUUCUUAUGAAUACAGCAACAAACGAUCCUGCUACGCAGCAUGCAAAUCGACGUGGUUGGAGACUGCCCUUCCCGGAUGUCUUGACAGCUACGGCAAGGUCGUGGCGGGUAGUCCUCCUGCUGCUCAGUAUAGGUCAACAACAACGACAACGACAACAACAGCAGCAACAACAACGACGACAACAACGACAACAACAACAACUGCUGCUGCUGGAGGCGAUGAUGCUGAUGCGCGCAGUGCUGCGGGAUCAUCUUGGGGGGCCUUCCUCCAUCGUAUGCAACAUAAAGAAGAGGCAACAGCAACAGCAGCAGGAGCAGAUCAACAGCAGCAACCGGAGAGGGGUGGGAGUGGCUUCCUCUCUCUGCUAUCUUUCAGCAGUAACAAACCGACGGAGACAACCACUGCUGCUCCGGAAAGCUCGGGCCUGCUAGGGUCCCUCUUCGCGGGGUCUUCUCCCACUGCUGCUGCUUCAGGAAAAGCAGCAUCAGAAGAAGAAAAACAACAGAAAGAGGAAAAGGGCAGCUGGAUGCGAGGGCUGCAGCUGAUGGGUUGGAAACGCCCCAGCGCUAGUGAACAGGAGACAGAGUCUGCAGAGAAGGGGGGAACAGAAGCAGCCGCCGCAGAAGCAGCAAACGAGCCUGAGGGGGAUAAGCAUCAGGAAGAGGGGGCACCCACAAGCAAGGGGUCUAGUGCCUUACUAGUGGCAGGUUGUGCUGCCUUGCUACUGUUUGCUGUUAUCUUCCUUGCUGUUGUGCUGCGCCGAUGGGCAGCACAACACAGCGACAGGCAAUCAGCAGUGCUAAGGCCUUCUUCUGUCUCCGGCAGCAGCAAUCAGGGAGACAUGCAAAGACCCCUUAUUGUCUCUGAUUCGUAA